AUGAAUGCCAGACUUUUUAAAGGGAUUUUCACCUCCUUAUGCCUUAUGCAAGCUCCUCUGGCCACGAAUUUGGCUGAAAAUGGACAAGGCAACGAUGAGCCGACGCCCAAGGGCGAAGAAACUAAAACCCCCGUAAGGUUGUGACACCAAUCGAGAGAGGACUUCUUCACGAACACAACGAUACCACAAUCAUGCCUUAAAACCCUCUGGCUUAUGAGUUACAAACGUUUUUUCCAAGGUGGAAAGAAAAUUUUGUCAUCCGGGUUUUGCCUUUUUUGGAAAAAGGGCAUGUAAAGUGCAUCAAAUGAUAUGAUUUUUUGGGCAUGGUGUUAGACUGUCCUAGGAUGUUUCUAUGCCGAAUUUGGAGGUUCUAGGCCCAUCGGUUCCCGAGAUACGAGGUGGAAAGAAAAUUUUGUCAACCAGUAUAUUUAUGGCUAAAAAACGUUAAAUAUUAUGCAUAAUUUACGUUUUCUACUAAAAAACCUCUUGGAAUUGCCUCAACAAAAAUGAAUGAAAUUUGAAAAAUUCGUAUUUUACAAAUUCACUCUCUUUUUCCCCAUUCCACCGCUUCUUUGUCCAUUUUCCCAUCAAAAACGUGAGAUUUAUGGAGGAAAAACGUCAAAUUUUAUGCAUUUCGUCCCAACUUUUUUCGAAUUUUGCGAACACGCGAGAACGGCAUCUCACGGUCAGAUGCGUCUCUGGGGACUACCAAAAAAAUUUUUUCUCCCCGCUUUAAUAGUUGUUUUCCUGUCGAGCGGAACGCAUUUCGGUUGAAUAUUGCACUGGAGGGCGGAAGAGCGGACGGAUUAUGGGGAAAAUCGCAUUAUACGGAGGGCUGAAGGUGUUAGACGGCUGGUUCAUGGUCUCAACAGCGUGUCCAGGCUAUUUUCGAGGUGUUGGAGAAGGAAUUCCGCUGGGUUUGAGCUGAAAUUAUAUUAUACUUGGGAGCUGUGGGGAUUUGGCUUGUUUCGCAUUUUAUUGAUGGAAAACGUGGAGCAAAUGCUGUUAUUUUGAUUGAUUACAAUAUUUGACACCUUUUUCUUUCAUUCCCCGUUUGUUUUUUGUUGAAAAAAACUCUUUUCUGACAUCAAAUUUGUCUAGUACAAUAUAAAUUCGAUCCAUUUCCCCGAGAGCCCCCACUUUCCGUCGACGAGCCGGCUUGACCGCGUUUCUCGAUUCGCUCCUCUUCCCCAGUUUGGCGAUUGUUUGUUCAGUUCCGGACGUGUUCUCAAGCAAGGUUUUAUUCGUAUGUUAAUGUGGAGCAUUUAAUGGCUCUCAGCGCAAUGGGGAAGAUCCAUUUCACGAUUUAUGGAACUUUUAUGACUUGCCUAAUUAUCCAGGCUGUUCGGGGUGGUCUUGUCGCUUCGAAUAUGUUCGAUUGUAUCGUUUUGUUUGACGAUUUUUGAGCUGGUGUCAUGGAUAAUAUAAUUUGUUGAAUUUCAGUGGACUUGGGCCUGUCAAUGCGGAUUGAAGUGUAUCCGAGGUACACGGUCUACUUGCAGUUCCAUGAAUUCUUUGCGAUCGACCUGGUUCAUGGGUUUUACCAGGUAAAUUUUACAAUUUUUUCUUUUGAGUUUAGAUCUACUGCAAGAUGAUAAAAAAUCUCAAGUUUCUCCCUAUCGCCGACAGGAUUCUUUUGAAAUAACCUUCCUCUAGGUUCGAUUCCGUCUUCGGCCUGAUUUGGAAUACGAAUUUGACGAUUCAAUAGGAGAAAAAGAGAAUAAUAUUAUCUAUGAUCAACAGGGUCUCACAAGGCCGAUUAAAAUCGCCUUCAACGAGCAGAAUGUGGAGCUCAAGAACUCGUUUUGGUUGCGGAUCAAAGGAAAGAAGAGAUAUGAAAAGUGUGAAACGUUCUUCCUGCAUUUCCAGGUCUGUUUUUUGAUUUGGUAUCUAAAAUAAGGUCAUGUUUGAUUUUUAGGUAAUUUUUGCAGUAAUUUCGAAGACUCUGAGGAUUACUGAAAUGUCAUAGCACUUCAACAGAGAUAUGAGAGGAUCUGACACUCAUUUUGACUUCAUUUUAUAUGAAAAAAUUUACUUUUACCUAGUAUAAUAUAAAUUUUCUCUCAAAACUCAAAAAUUUUCAAAUUUCAGGUGGAAUUAUGGUACUCCGAUCCCGAACAAAAGCCAAGCCCGCAUAAUUUUCAGUUCAUGUCCAAGCGAUUGGUCAGUGUUCGCCUCAAUUCCAACAAGUCCACUCAUUGCCACAGGGCCGUUUUCUUCGAAUAUUUCAGUUUCUCGGCCGCUUCAAUGACUGUCCACGCAUGCGUAACGGGUCUGGAGACAGCCUUGACGAAAACAACUCCUGCGCCGGUAAGAAUUUGAGACUUGUUUUGUCAAAAAUUUUUAUAUUGUACAUGGGAAAUGGUGAAUUUUUUUGUAAAAAUGAUGGAUUAAAUUCUUGCUAUGACUUUUAAAUACUCUAAAUAUUAUUUAGAGCCAGUUUCAGCCGUUUUGUGCAAAAAAAUUAUAUUAUCCAUGACAAAAAAUUUGGAAAAUUUGGCCCAUUUUUGAUAUUUUUAGCCUGGCGUUCCCGACAAACUUCGAAGAUAUCAUCGACAAGUCUGCAGCAAGCUCCUCGACUGCACAUUAUCCCUUCAAAUGUUCAUCAAGACCUACGAAAGCCUUCUUUCCUCUCCGUUAUGUAUUUGUAAGUAGUUUUUCAUACAAUUUUUUUUGAAUUUAGACAAAUCUGGCCAUAAAUCCCCUAAUGAAGUCGAUUUUCAGCCUGUAUCGACGUUGACGAAGAGCUGGGACAACUCACGGCCAAACUUUUGGCCUCCAAAUCCCCAUGGACCACCUUCUCCGAGAACGCCAAACUCCUCGCCCUGAGGCUGGGUCGCAUUUUCCAUCAACUCGUGCAAUUGUACGGCCAAUGCCGCCGACUACACAUUGAAAUGCUGGAGAAAUCGGAUCAACAGCGGAUGAAACGAUUCGCUGAAGGGUUUUAUUUCAUCGAAGAAACGGUCCAGAAUCUCCUGGAGUGCGAGUUGAAUCAAGCCAGCCGGAUAUUUGACUUGGUCAGGAAGGAUGGAUACUUGACCAGACUCCCGACCGUCCCGGUUACGGUCGAUGGAACUGAUGUGGAAGGUCAAAAUGUGUAAGUUUUGGGGAUUUUUUGACGAUUUUGAGCUGGAGUUUUUUGAAAGGGGACUCUGAAAGGAAUUAUUUGGACAAUUGUGGGAUAAAAAUGGGAAAAUUUUGGUUUGAAAGGCGUUAAAAUUGAAUUUUUCCGGAAUCUUGGCAUUCUGUUGCAAGGGCUGAAAACUCAUAAAAAAAUACUCUAAAUUACUAAUAAACGCGAAGAUACAGUGUGUUAUCGAAAAUCCUAGGUUCACUUGUCAGCUAAGAAUUUUUUUAUUUUUCAAAGGUUUGAAUUUCCCGCCGAAUUUGGCAUUCUGUUUCGGUGGCUGAAAAUUACUACAAAACAUCCGAAAGUGGUGGUAAACGCGAUGAUAAGGGUUAUCAUUAUUCAAAGGUUAUUUGUCAGCUAAAAACUUUUUAGUUUCAAAAAUCUGAAUUUCCCGCGAAAUUUGGCAUUAUGUUUCAAGGACUGAAAACUGGUAAAAAAUACUGGAAAUUGCUGGUAAACGUGAAUAUAAAAGAUAAAAUCGAAAACCUCAAAGUUUAUUUGGCAGUUUAGAACUUUUUAAUUUCAAAAAAUUGAAUUUCCCGCCAAGUUUGGCAUUUUGUUUCAAUGCCUCAAACUUGUUAGAAAUGGUAAUAUUGGAGAGUACAGGUGUAAGCUAACACCGAAAAUUCAAAAUUAUUCCCCAUUUUUUAUUUUGACCUUAUUUUAGCACCCUAAUAGUGGAACGCCGAUACUUGCCCUCUGGCGCCACCAAAUUCUCCCGUGCAAUUCCGCUUGCUGUCCACUCCACCAGCUGUCUUCCGGCAUUGGCCAGUGAUGAGCUCACCGUCCAGUCGGCCCGAGAACCCGUCAGACCGCGGGAGAAUCGCUCCAGCAACGCCUCCAUGGAGAAGCUCCACUUGAUCGGCUUUUGUUUCCCGGUAGCACGCUCCAAGGUCCAAGACGAUGACGCGUACGGGUUGAAGGAGGAACUGGCACCUCCAGAUGAUAGAUUGUCCAAACGCAGAAUGACGGAUCCAGGAGAAAUUCACCAAUUACUCCGAGGAGCGGAGGAAGUGGAAGACCUACCGAAUUAUGGAAAUAAAACACAGAAGUCGUACUCGGUGGCGGAGAUAAGACCAAAUACGGUAAGGGGAGUUGAUUGAGAUUGGUUUUGAAUGCAGGAGAUUGGGAUUUGAGGGGUUUGGGUAGCUGAUAUUGCACUUGAGAAGAUUUGAUAUCAAGUGUAAUGUAAGGUGGUUUAAGGGUAGAGAUUUGAUGGAAAAAGAUGAGAAAUUAUAGUAUGAGGCUUGUUAUGGGGUAUUCAUUCAUUUUCGAUAAAAUUUGAUUUGAAAUUUGGAUGUUUUAAGACCUGAUAUUACACUUGAUCAAGUAGGUUAAGAUAAUUGAUCGGCGAGCUCAUAAAAUUUACUGAAAAUAAUUAAUUUUUUCUUCAUCUAGGCCAAUGAUGUGACUACUUUCGCCUCGACCUCGAAUUCCUCCACGGACAGUCUGACUCGAAGCGCCAGAGGCGAUAUCCACGAAUCCGUCCAAAUGCGCUUGAUCGACCGGGAAAGAGUCCAUUUUAUGGAGGCCAAAGAGUGUUUCAAACAACGCCUACAUCACUUUGGAUUCACUGGCAACCUGUACAGCGAUCAGAACUACUUCACGGACAGGAAGGCGUACUUUAGCGACAACUUUAGCCAAGCCAUCGAAAGGAGGUCCUUCGAGAAUUUGCAUCUCAUCGUGCUGGUCCACGGAUUGGAAGGUAAGGGAAAUUUGCGGUGAUUUGUGGAGUAUGGAGAAUGAAAAAGUGUUGGAACAAAGAAUCUGAGCGAUUUUUAUGGUUUUGAUUGGAAUUUUGGUCGAAUUUUGGCAUUCUGUUGCAAGCUAGAAAAGUUUUGCAGAUGGCUGAAAAUUGAAGAAUUAGUGGAAGGAUUAGAGUUUUUAUGGGGUUUAGAAUUAGUUUUACGAAUUUUAAAGCAUUUUUUUGCAUGAAUAUUAGAAAAAUUAUAUUAUCCAUGACAAGUUUAAUAAAAAAAAGUGGAAAAAAGCUGUCAGUAUCUAAAGUUUUAUAAAUUUUAUGUCGAAUUAUGACGGUUUACCCUAUUUUCUUUACUAAUUUUUAUUUUCAGGCACCUCGGAAGACCUUACAACCUACAAAAAUUACCUCCAAAUCGCACUGCCCGAGCAAAAUUUCUCAUUUUUGUUGUCCGAGGUGAACCAAAACGAAACGUGGAGCGACCUCCAGAAGAUGGGAUCUAACCUGUUAAAAGAAAUUAAUCGAUAUGUGGACCGAUUGCCGCGACUUCCCGAGAAAAUUUCGUAUGUUGUAGUAGGGAAGGGACGAUUUGAUUUUUUGAUGGAUAAAAUUUUUAUAUAUUCUGUUGCAGGUUGAUCGCCCAUUCCCUUGGAGGCUUAAUAGUCCGAGCGAUGUGCGGCCUCAACGAAGUCCAACGAUUGGAGAGCAGAUUUCACACAUUGUUGACGUUGAACUCACCUCAUUGUGGAGUACUGUACAAUCAAAGAGCCGCCAGUCUGGGUGAGUGUGGAAUGGAGCUUUUUAUUGUCGGAAAUGUCAUUUGUGAUCUGUCUGUUCAAAUUUUAGGGCAAAUGGGUGUUUUUGAGAUUUAUAAUUUGAAUUUUCCGCCAAUUUUUGGCAUUGUGUUUUAGGGCUGAAAAGGGUGGUAAAGUAGGAUGAAAUUGAAAUGUAAUGACUUGUAAACGUUUGAAACGUAUUUUUUUUGACGGUUAGAAAAGAUUUUGAAAUUUAAAAUUUGAAUUUCCCGCCAAUUUUUGGCGUUGUGUUUCAUUCCGAAAAAUCGUCGAAGAAAGGGCCAGAAUGAAAUUUUAGUACUAAAUAGCGACGUCAGAGAGCCAAAAAUACAUCCCUUAAUGUUUUUGAGGGUAGUUCAUAUAUAAUUUAUGUCAUGCAUCACCAUUUUUUAGGUAUUUCCCUCCUCCAAUGGUGGAAACAAUCCGUUUCCCUCGACCAACUCACCCUCAGAGACGCGCGCAAUCCCAAAGACACGUUUCUAUACCGCCUCGGACAAAACAAAGCCUUUGGGAUGUUCAAACACGUACUUUUGGUCGGCUCCCACCUCGACUUGUACGUCCCGUUGCACUCGGCGCUGGUGGAGAACUGCAAAGCGGCCGCGGUGGACUCGUCGGUCCAAGGAAACGCGUACAACGAGAUGCUCGCCCAUAUCAAUGAAUCCAUAAUCGGAUCGCCAAAACACACCACAUUGAUCAAGUAUACGGUAUCACAUAGCCUGACCAAUGUCUCCAGGGCCCAACAAAUGACUGGAAGACCGAGUAAGUUAGUUGGGUUGGAUGAUGAGGGAAUUUUUUGGGGGAUAUAAGGUUGGAUUUUGCAAAAAUUUUUGGAAAAGUCGGUGUUUUUGGCCUUUUUUUUGGAAAAGUUGAAUUUUGCACUGUGCAAUUUUUUUUUUUUUUUUUUUUUGAAUUUGAAGCUUGCAUUUAAAAGAAAAGUUGGAAAAAAUUUUAGAAUAGGGUUUCGCAAGACAGAUGAGAAAGUUUUAGCUCGCGCUUUACAGAAGCCACCAAGAUUUUUAGUUCGGAAAUUUUGAAAAAAAAGUUAUCCAUAGGCUUUUGAUGUCUAAAAUAAUGUCAAAGUAAAAAGAUCUCAGAAUUUCUUCAAAAUUUUUAUACUAGUCGCGGAAAAAAGUCCUGGGAAUUUUCGGCGACUCUGCACUGUGCAUGAACCCGAAAUGUGCAUUUCCACAGUGCAAUUUUGUUGAUUUUGCCUUAUUGUCGCGCGCGAUUCCCGCGACAAAUCAAGCUUUCGGAGCGCGACGGAAUUUGGGGCCGCGAGAAAUUCCCAGGACUCUUUUCCGCGACUAGUAUAACCUCUAACUACGCCAUGAAAAUUUCAGUUGAUUCUUUGCAUCCGGAGUAGAGAUAUCGAACAAUCUUUUUUUUCCGAGAGAGUAUACAAAAUGAGGAGUUGGCCAGACAAAAAAAUCAAAAAUCUGUUUUUUACGAGCUGAAUUUGCGGAGUUAUAGCCGAUUUUUUUUGUCUGGCGAACUCCUCAUUUUGUGUCCUCUCUCGGAAAAAAAGAUUGUUCAAUAUCUCGGCUGUGGAUGCAAAGAAUGAACUGAAAUUUUCAGCGAUGGAUCUAUGGCGUAUUUAGAGGUUCUAUAAAAAAUUUGAAGAGAUUCUCAGAUCUUUUUACUUUGACAUUAUUUUAGACAUCAAAAAAAAUUUUUAUUUUUUUUAUAAAUUUUGCUGGAUAAUUCUGCAACUUUCAGUGCACAUUGCCGUCGUGGACGACGACACUUUUGUGGAGAAACUGAUGAUGGUCUCAGCUUCAAACUACUUCAAAUAA